GUGACGGGGGCGGGGACAGCUCCAAGCGUCCUGCACCUGCCCUGCCCGCCGAGACUUUGCCCAGGUCGGUGCCAGGGCAGGGCAGUCGGAGGUCUGGCUGCUAGGCUCCGCGACAUCCGGCCGGCCGAGGGCGGCGGGAUUCGGGAUGACUUCGGGCAGCUCGAGAUUUCUGUGGCUCCUCAAGAUAUUAGUCAUAAUCUUGGGACUUGGCGUUGCUGGUUUUAUGUUCGGAAGCACGUUCCUUCAAGCAGUGUUCAGUAGCCUCAAGCCAGAGCUCCCAAGUCCUGCCCCGGAUGUCCAGAAGCUGAAGCUUCUGUCUGAGGAACAUCUCAGGAACCUCUUUUCCUACGAUGGAAUCUGGCUGUUCCCGAAAAAUCAGUGCAAAUGUGAAGCCAACAAAGAGCGGGGAAGUUACAACUUUCAGGAUGCCUAUGGCCAGAGCGACCUCCCAGCAGUGAAAGUGAGGAGACAGGCUGAAUUUGAACACUUUCAGAGGAGAGAAGGGCUGCCCCGCCCACUGCCCCUGCUGGCCCAGCCCAACCUCCCCUUUGGGUACCCGGUCCACGGAGUGGAAGUGAUGCCCCUGCACACAGUUCCCAUCCCGGGUCUCCAGUUUGAAGGACCCGAUGCUCCCGUCUAUGAGGUCACCCUGACAGCUUCUCUGGGGACACUGAACACCCUUGCUGACGUCCCAGACAGUGUGGUUCAGGGCAGAGGCCAGAAGCAGCUUACCAUUUCUACCAGUGACCGGAAGCUGUUGAACUUCAUCCUUCAGCACAUGACAUACACCAGCACGGGGUACCAGCACCAGAAGGUGGACAUAGUGAGUCUGGAGUCCCGGUCCUCAGUGGCCAAGUUUCCAGUGACCAUCCGCCAUCCUGUCAUACCCAAGCUAUACGACCCUGGACCAGAGAGGAAGCUCAGAAACCUGGUUACCAUUGCCACCAAGACUUUCCUCCGCCCCCACAAGCUCAUGAUCAUGCUCCGGAGUAUUCGAGAGUAUUACCCAGACUUGACCGUGAUAGUGGCUGACGACAGCAAGAAGCCCCUGGAAAUUAAAGACAACCAUGUGGAGUAUUACACUAUGCCCUUUGGGAAGGGUUGGUUUGCUGGUAGGAACCUGGCCAUAUCUCAGGUCACCACCAAAUACGUUCUCUGGGUGGACGAUGAUUUUCUCUUCAACGAGAAGACCAAGAUUGAGGUGCUGGUGGAUGUCCUGGAGAAAACGGAACUGGACGUGGUAGGCGGCAGUGUGCUGGGAAAUGUGUUCCAGUUUAAGUUGUUGCUGGAACAGAGUGAGAACGGGGCCUGCCUUCACAAGAGGACGGGAUUUUUCCAACCCCUGGAUGGCUUCCCCAACUGUGUGGUGACCAGUGGCGUGGUCAACUUCUUCCUGGCCCAUACGGAGCGACUCCAAAGAGUUGGCUUUGAUCCCCGCCUGCAACGAGUGGCUCACUCAGAAUUCUUCAUUGAUGGGCUGGGGACCCUACUCGUGGGGUCAUGCCCAGAAGUGAUUAUAGGUCACCAGUCUCGGUCUCCAGUGGUGGACUCAGAGCUGGAUGCCCUAGAGAAGACCUACAAUACAUACCGGUCCAACACCCUCGCCCAGGUCCAGUUCAAGCUGGCUCUCCACUACUUCAAGAACCAUCUCCAAUGUGCCACAUAAAGGUGUGAGGGCAUAGGAGAAACACUAGACUGGCUGGUUAUGGUAUCUAUAGCAGGCCACCAAAAACUGGACUCCUGAUAGGUGAACAUUGUAGCAAAUCAGCUGGUGGGUAGGGCAAAGGGAAAUGGCUCAGUUACUGGAAGUACCAAUCAAAGGUGAAGGGUCGUUAGAAAUGAACCAGUCACUGACCAGGGCAGUGGAGACUGUAUUAAUAGCAAUGAUUUGUACAAUGCCCUGCCUUUUAUGAAUCAUUUACAUGGACAGUAUCUCAUAUCAUCUCAUCUGAUCUCACACAGAAGACUACAUUUGUUGGUGUCCUCAGUCAAAAGAACAGCUGCCUGGUCCUUGAUAGUUGUUUGGUGGAGAUCCUGUCACAGUCAGAAGCAUUGGCUCCAGCAUCACUGUCAUCCCUACAUUUGUAUUGGGUUCUAUCUUGUAGACUCAAAAAAUGUGAACAAUCUAGGGUCCUUGUCUUGAGGAGGUUUGCAGCCUGGUUCAGUUCAGUCUAAUCACAGAAUCAGGCAGCCAGGGUCAGAGGAUCAGAGAAGGGAAGGCGUCACCAGGUCCCUGGCAGCGGAGGAAGUCUCCGUGGAGUGAACUUGUUAGGAGCCUGAAAGCAGACAUUCAGGCAUCAGAGAGGGCAGGAGGGUCCUGGGGCCAUCCCACUGUCUACCAGAACAAAGGCUGCCCUGGCAUCAGACUUGCUCCAGACCUGUUCCAGAAUGCCAGGGAUUGAACUCAGAGCCCAUGCCAAGGUGUCCAAGGUGUGACGGCAAACAGUGUGAGUGUGGUGACAGGCCACCAAGCUCCAGGGACCUGAGGCCAGUUGCUGAUCACUCAAAACUCAUGACAUUUACAGAGUGGUUCCAUCACUCUGUUGUUGGAUAAGCCUCUUUCUGUUGCCUGGGGGUUGGCAGAUUGCUGAGACCAGCUCAAUCGUGGAGACCCUAACCCAGCGGUGCUGGAGGAAUUAAAGACACACACACAGAAAUAUAGAGGGUGGAGUGGGAAAUCAGGGGACUCACAGCCUUCAGAGUUGAGAGCCCCAAACAGAGUUUGACCCACAUAUUUAUUGACAGCAAGCCAGUGAUAAACAUUGUUUCUAUAGAUUAUAGAUUAACUAAAAGUAUUCCUUAUGGGAAACAAAGGGAUGGGUCAAAACAAAGGGAUGGGCUCUGGCUAGUUAUCUGCAGCAGGAACAUGUCCUUAAGGCACAGAUAGCUCAUGCUAUUGUUUGUGGCUUAGGAAUGCUUUAAGUUGUUUUCAGCUCUGGGUGAGCCAGGAGUUCCUUGCCCUUAUUCUGGUAAACCCACAACCUUCAGCGUGGGCAUCAUGGCCAUCACGAACAUGUCACAGUACUGCAGAGAUUUUGUUUAUGGCCAGUUUUUGGGGCAGUUUAUGGCCCAGUUUGGGGGCCUGUUCCCAACAUGUCCCGCUUUUUUGUUUUCCAAAGCAAUAAAAGCAAAGACAGCUUUGUCACGGUGAGCUACUCUCAGGAGUUGGGAUCCGUAUCUGCAGACUAUACAAAGACAAACAACACAGAUUAAAAGCACAAUCAUCACUGAAAUCACAGAGCUACCAAGUGUCUUUAUCUAUUUUAAUGGGUUAAUAGCUGCUAAUCUGUCUGCAGCUCCUUCAAGCACUCCAGUUCCUGGCAUUAAGGUCAGGUGUGCCCAGGAUGCUUUAAAUAGUUGUUCUUUUAAUUUUGCAAUAUCCAAAGACAAGUUUGUAGAGUGUCCUUCUAGAUGCUUUUUAAUUUUUUCCUAAAUUUUGAUCUUAUUAAGAGUCAUUAAUAGUUUCCACAAAUCCUUAUGUUUAGCUCCUACAGUGGGCCUUAUCAUUUGAGAUUGAGGUGCCACUAUACCGCCAUGUUUCCAGAUAAUAGGAACUCUUGACGUAUUUCUUACCCUUUCUAGCAUCUGAUGUUUUGUUUAGACCAGCUGAAUGUAGUGUGUCCGUGGCACGCAGACUGAGAGGGGCAAUUCAGCUAAACAUCCCCUUAGAAGACUAAUCAAUAAUGAUUCCACAGGAAUUGUUGUGCAGCACUUCUGCCUGUUCUGCUAUCAAUGUUCCCAAACAAGUUAGUUCAUUAUUUCUGGCCAGGUCCAAUUCUGUUUACAAAUAGAUUUUUGAGGGCGGUAUGCUUCAAUUAUAGAAGCAGAUUUAUUAUGGUAAAUACUGAGAUCAGAAAGCAUGUGUAACUGUGUCAUACAGUGAUUACAUCCAGGCAUUAUUGCCAGCCAAGAUUGAUAAAUAUGCCUAAUAAGUAUAAUUGUUCUCUGUGUUGUUCCUUGUUGCAGGAGUACUCAUAGCAAUGGUGAUCACCGCUAUCAUAGCUAUCAUUAAAUUACUCAUUGUGACUGGUUGUCCCACUUUCCUCAGGUUUUCUUCCGCCAUCUGUGACAGCUUCUUGAUCUGUCCCCAGGUAGGUGGCUGUGUUCGACAGCUGUUGCUUGUGAUAGUUGGGGUCCUCCUCAGCGUCAGUCUUGACAUGGCUACAACCAGGGUCUCCUCAGGAUCCUCCUGGAAUCUCUUCCUCAGCAUCUGGCUCAUGAUAAGGUUUCAGGUGUCUUGACGGCACCCAAAUUGGCUGUUGAUUCAGUCCUGAAGAAACACAAGCACAACCUCUACCUCAAGUUAUUAUUUUACGUAUUUCCCAAAUUUUUGUUAUUGGAUCUCUCCACCAGACCAGUUGUUCUGCUUCUGUCUUUGCAGCUGGUUUCUGUAUAUGCUGUUCAGCUGCUGGCCUUUAGGCAGGCUCAAAAAAUUUAAAGUCAAUAAUGCUAGAAUCAGUUGCAUAUGGGGUGUCCCAUAGUCCCUCUUUCUCCCCUUUUGCUUUUGCAACUGCUGUUUCAGGGAGAGAUUCAUUCUUUCUACUAUAGCUUGUCCUUGAGAAUUAUAUGGGAUGCCAGUAAUGUGUUUAAUAUUCCAUAUAGAGAAAAAUGUAGCUAGAGCUUGGCUAGUAUAGCCUGGGACAUUAUCUGUUUUAAUAGAAGCUGGAAUGCCCAUCACUGCAAAACACUGCAAAAGGUGACGUUUAACACAGGCAGAAGACUCUCCUGAUUGGCAUGUAGCCCACACAAUGUGAGAAAAGGUGUCCACACAUACAUGUACAUAAGCUAGUCUCCCAAACGAGGGAACAUGUGUGACAUCCAUUUGCCAAAGAUAAUUAGGUUCCAAUCCUCAAGGAUUAACUCCUCCUGUAAAAGAUGAGGAAGCCACUAUUUGGCAAGUUGGGCAUCACUGGAUAAUAGCUUUAGCUUCUUUCCAGGUAGUGCUGUAUCUGCGUUUGAGACUAGAGGCAUUAAUAUGGGUUAAAUUGUGAAAGUGUCUAGCAUUAGAUAUUGCAUUAGCAACUAGGCAAUCAGCCAUUUGAUUCCCUUCAGUUAAAGGUCCUGGAAGAGAUGCAUGAGCCCUUAUGUGAGUGAUAUAAAAAGGAUACGUUCUACUCCUGACUGCUGUUUGCAAUUGGGUAAAUAAAGUCAUCAGUUGCUCAUCUGUGUGGAAUCAUAGUUGAGCAUUUUCAGUUGUGUGGAAUGAACCAUGUAUGAGGAAUCAGAAAUCACAUUAAUAGGCAUAUUAAAAGCAGUCAAUACCUCA